CGGUGUCUUGGGGGUUCAGUCGCCUGCUACCGUCUGUGAGGGAGGGCCACGGCUGUUUGUCUGUCUGUGGUCGCCGGUCCCUCGUGUGUCUCGUGUGGAGCUAAUUCCUGCAUAUCCUCCACCGCAGCUCCACAUUUACCAUAACGUUUCAAUCAGCUUUUUAGAAAUGAGCAGUGCCUUAGCCCACCACUGCUGUUCUUGGUCCAUGCAGCCCUAGCCAUAAGGUCUGUUUGGGCCAUUGCUGAGUUGAUAGUUCUGCAUCUAAGAAUGUACUCACAGAUACCCACAGAUGACAUUUUGGAAGAGACAUCCGGCACACGUGGGAUGGGCCCCAGCGACUGGCGCCCUUUUAUCUACGGAGGCGUGUCUGCCUGUAUUGCUGAGUUUGGAACCUUUCCAAUUGACACCACCAAAACCCGGCUACAGAUCCAGGGCGGGCGUUGUGAUGCAGGACAAGUGGUCACGCGCAAGUACAAUGGCAUGCUGCACGCGCUGCUCAAGAUCUCUCACGAGGAGGGCAUACGCGCACUAUACUUCGGGAUCAAGCCGGCCGUGCUGCGUCAGGCUACAUACGGCACCAUCAAGUUUGGGAUCUACUACUCCUUGAAGCAGAUGUUAGUGAAGAAUCCGGGCGAGGAGAGACUCGGCAUCAAUGUCUUCUGUGCUGUUACUGCAGGGGUGGUGUCCAGUGCCAUGGCCAACCCCACGGACGUGCUGAAGGUGCGUCUGCAGAGCGGCCGCACAGACUUCAAGGAGAAGAGCCUCCUGCAGGCCUUCCUUAGUAUCUAUAGGCAGGAGGGCAUCCAGGGCCUGUGGAGGGGAGUGUUCCCGACAGCCCAGCGCGCCGGGGUCAUCGUGGGGGUGGAGCUGCCCAUCUAUGACAUGUGCAAACAUUACUUCAUCAAGAUGAACAUUCUGCCUGACAAUGCCACAAACCACUUCUUGUCAAGCUUUAUCUCAAGUCUUGGUGGAGCUGUGGCGUCCACGCCCCUGGACGUGGUGAGGACGAGGGUGAUGAACCAAAGAAAGCUGAAGUCUUCGGCUGCUCAGGUGAAUGGAGCUGCUGUGUGCACGUCCAGAGUGUACGCAAGUGCUUUAGACUGCAUGGUGCAGACCGUGAAGUUGGAGGGUCCACUAGCGUUGUACAAGGGCUUUAUCCCCACCUGGCUGAGGCUGGGGCCGUGGAACAUUAUAUUUUUCGUUACCUUUGAGCAGCUCAAGAAGCUGUACUGAACACUUUGUGGAUGUGUUUGUACUUCCAGUGACCUCAGCUGGCUGGCCUCGGACAAUCUUCAAAGACAUUCUGGCAUCUAGAAGGACUUGCAUAAACCAUUUUUGAGAGCAUAGCAUAGAAAAAUUGUACCGUAAAAUCAUCAUUUUUUAAAUUGGAUAUCUAUUCAAAGUAUAUGGGGAGGCAUUUCUUCAACCAUUUUUGUUAGCAUGGCAUAAAUAUCUGUACCCUGUCAGCUUUGUAAUUUUUUUAUUAUUUUUAUAAAAGCCAAUUGAUUUUUAUUUUUUUUACUCAGAAAUGGUUUUUGUACAUAUGAAACAUUUUUUCUGAUGUCAUCAUCAGAAUGAAGUUUUAAAGGAUCUCAUUUUCUUGCUGUGCCAGAUGCCACUCAUGCUUUUGUACAGGUUCUUAGGUCACUUCUAUAGUCCAGCACAAUGGCUUUGUAAGCAUAAACAACUCCACCAGUUUAUUUGGUGUUUUUUAAAGCACCAAAACCUAUACAAAACCUGCCCAUGAAAUAUCUGGGUCAUAAAGAAGCUCACACAUGGGAAUACUUUUCUAACAAGAAAUUUAUGUUGUGAUACAUUGUAGAAAACCGAACAAACUUGUCUCUUGGUUUGGGCCCUUGCAACGCCACUGUGUUGAGCGAUGGAAGCAGACCAUGUAUUAGUGCUUCUUGAGAGGUGAAGAUUAUUCCAGCCGGGAUUUGUUCACUAGCUUUGUACAUGUGACAGCCAGUGUUUUAUUUUUAUUUUUUUCAUCUUAGCCUGUACAUAGAUUUCAGAUGUAUUUCUAUCACAUCAAAGGCUAAACUGUUACCUAAUGUUGCAGAUGUAAUAUUCAGUCUGAUGCCAUAGUUUAGUAGUUUCAAAGCAAAAGCCAUAAUAUUUUAGCCGACAUACUGUUCAGUGAUGCAUCUAAGGAUUUCCUUGAUAGUUCUUAUUGUUUUAAAUUGUACUGUUGUGGACAAAAAAAUGCAGCUUGCUUUAAACUCUUGAUUCUGUAGCUGCUUGUCAUGUGAUAAGUUAUUUUACUCUCCUCUACAUCCCCCACUCCCCCCUCUCAGCCUCCCUUCUUUCUCCUGCCCCAAGUGUGGUCACAAGGGGCUGCCCAAUCACAUUGAGUUUAGAGCAAGAUGGAUUGACAUCUUUGUCAGCAACUGUAUAUAUCAUAUUGUGAUGUAUUUAUGUAUUUAUUUUUUUUGAGAUGAAGUGAGUGAAAAGAUCAGUCAUAAACAAUAUCUACACCAAUUGAUGAUGCAAUACAAGUGAAAAUUCAUAUUUUUGUACAUGUUUGGUGUUAUUUUAGAAUCCCUUUAAAUUAUUAGGAAAAAAGUAUGUUUUAAAACUACUACACUUGGUGCUUUUUGUGUGUAUAUGUUGUAUGUGCGUGUGAGUGUUUGCUUUAAGAUACAUUAGUGAAAAUAUGCAGAUACUGAUAAAUUAUUCUUUCAAAUAAAAUUAAAAUGUCAA